AAAGCGGAUUGGCUCGCCCUCUCGCCUGUCAGUUAUUCGCAUCUUGUCGUCAAACACAGAUUCGUGUGAAACAACAAUGAAGGCAGCUACUUUGUUUGUUUUUGACAAGCCUGACCUCAAGCAAGUCAAGGCGGAGGCUGCUCGCAAGAAGGCUUGCAUGCACGACUGCAGCUCAGUCGCUCUGGACCCCAUCUGCGCUGGCAAGACUGGCGAGAAACCCAAGUCUUUCGGCAAUGAGUGUGUCAUGAACAACUACAACUGUGAACACCAUGACACUCUUCACAAGAUCAGCAAGGGUGAGUGUGCCGGUUCUGACGGUAUCCGUCUGUCUUAAACCAAAAACAACGCCGAGGAGGAAAUCAACCGCUUUCCAUGACUGCAUUUUAUAAAAAAAGUAUUUGUUUUUAAUUGUCAAUGCUUAUCGACUAACAUCAAAGAAGCUGUGAUUAAAAUAAGCGUCUAGCAAUGUACUCUCAAAUAUAAUGUGUGUUUUAAUUUUUUUAAUUGGCG